AUGAGUAAAUUGUCGUUUCGGGCACGGGCGCUGGACGCUUCCAAGCCACUACCCGUCUUCCGUUGUGAGGAUUUACCCGACCUACACGAAUAUGCAUCAAUUAACCGGGCAGUGCCGCAGAUGCCGACGGGGAUGGAGAAAGAAGAGGAAUCGGCUGUGAGUCUUCCUGAGGCCAAACUGCUGCUGAAAGAGGAUGAUGAGCUCAUCAAAGAGGUCUUUGACUACUGGAGCCGCAAGAGGAAAAACAGCAAAGCCAACUCCCUCAUCCCCACCGUCAAGCAGGAGAAACGGGACGGCUCAAGCACCAGUGACCCUUACGUGGCCUUCCGACGACGCACUGAGAAGAUGCAAACUAGGAAGAACCGUAAAAACGACGAGGCCUCGUACGAGAAGAUGUUGAAGCUCCGCAGAGAUCUCAGCCGAGCCGUCACAAUCCUGGAAAUGAUCAAGAGGAGGGAGAAGAGCAAGCGAGAGCUGCUGCACCUCACACUGGAGAUUUUUGAGAAGAGAAAUGUCAUGUCAGACUUUGGUGGUGAGGUUAUGGCAGAAGUUCUGGCUGAAAGGGCACUGGUGAGGCCACAAAUCAUCCCCCUGGUCCCACUUACCAACCAGUACCGACACCAGGACCAUAUGGACCUCAAGGACUACAAGUCCAAGCCUGAGAAGACAGAAGUUCCCCGGCAGAAAAGGAAGUAUGAGAAGAAGCCGAAGGUGCUGCCACCAUCAUCAGGCACACCCCACCAUACAGGUCCGGUUGUCUUCAACGCCAAGGACCUAAACCAGUACGACUUCCCCAGCUCGGAUGAUGAGCCCUUUUCCCAGCUGCACUCAGGCUCAUCAGAAGCAGAGGAGGAGAACGACCCAGAUGGUGCCUAUGCCUUUCGCAGGAAGGCAGGCUGCCAGUACUAUGCUGCUCGUCAAGAUCGGGUGGGUAGCUGGCCGUGGUGUGGACAAUGGGAGGGUGGUUUGGCAGAAGCUCGCUUUCGCUACAGUCUCACCACAGUCACCAUGCCACGGCGAUGCCUGGGCAUGGCUCGACGGCGCGUGGGACGAGGCGGCAGGGUGUUGCUGGACAGAGCAUACACAGACUUUGACAACAUUUUCCAUGGACUGGAUCCAGACAUGCUUGACUUGCCUGUUCCUCAAUCUCCUCCUCCUCCUUCUCCUACUCCUGCAACUACUUCACGCGCACCGGCCACCGACAAGUUUGCCAGUACCUCAGAAACAAAUACCUCGGAAAGAAGUUCCUCCUUCAGUUCCUCUCUUUCCCCAUCCUCCCCCACUUCCACGGACCUCAGUCAGAUACUGUUGAAUAUAAAGUCGUGCCGAUGGAGGCACUUUAGACCACGGACACUACCACUACAUGAGCUGGACAAUGCCCACCCUCUAUUCAGGAGGCUGAGCCGAAGCCUGAAGCGCCCACUCUCGGCCUCCACCACCGGAGGGCAACCCUUUGGCUCCCAACGUCCAGGGAGGGUUGUCCCUGCACCCACACCCGUCGCUGCUUUCACAGUUGAACAGUACCAGCAGCAUCAGGAGCAGCUGUCCCUGAUGCACAAACAGCAGCUGGAGCAAGUCCAGCAACAGCAAGCCAACAGCGCCACCACUGCCAACAGCACACAGCAGACCCUGGCAAAUACAUUGGACCAGGCCAGUGCUCAGUUUGCCGCCUCGGCCCUCGUGACCGCCGACCAACUGCUGGCUCUGAAAACCAAGGAGGAGCUAGGACCAGGAGUCAAUGGCGUCCUCUCCCCCUCAGGUGUCUACAAGGGCUUGCACCUCUCGAGCACAGCGUCCCCGUCCCCUGCCACCCCAGCUCCUCCCACUGCUACCACGACACCUGCUUCGCUCCACCCCUGUACCACCACCACCAGCUCCACGUCUGCUACCAGUAACAACAAUGGCACCACUCACCCUGCCAACACAACUACCACUAACACCACCACUCAGGUCCUGCUGGGAAAUAACAACAACCUACGGCUGAGUGUUCCCGCCACCAAGCGCAUCCCCACACCCCGGACACUGAGCACCACCAUGUCUACAUCCGCCUUAAAGCUCGCCCACGCUGCCGCCGCCAACUGUCAGAAACCCAAGGUCACUACAGCCUCGGCCUCGCCGCUGGACAUAGUGCCCAGGGAGAAUCAUGAACAAGACAAGCCAGCACUGAACAGUCUAACGGACAACACAGUGGCCAUGGAGGUUACGUAGCCUCUCAUACACCGCUCUGAGGAAACGUGACUCCAUUGGGUUUAUUUUUUGUUUUUGUGUUGUUUUUUUUUAAGGUGCUAUGCAUCAUUCGUUAGUCAUGAAUGCAAGUGGUGGCGGACUGAGCACGGCAAGGCUGGGUUUCCAUAGCAACAGUUUGGGACUUAAUUGCAAUGCUCGUCUCGUACAAUUCC